GAAUAAAGAAGAAAUAGAAUAAUAAGAUAAAGAAGAAAUAUAUACAAGAUUUUAGUGACGUAAAUAAAGGAAAUACGAAAAAGAAGAGAAGAAAAACAAUAACAAGAGAUAAACGAACAGAUAGAGAAAAAAAAAAACAAGAUAAAUAAACAAGAAGCAAACACAAGACAAACAAGAAAAAAAAAACUAAAUUUUUGUCGCUAAAAAGGACAAAAUAAAUCGAUUGUCUCUAUGCCGUCGUUAAGGUUCCUCCCCUCUUCCUCCUCCUCCUCCUCCUCUUCCCCCACCACCACCUCCUCUUCCCUCACCUCCUCCUCCUCUUCCUCCACCUCCUCCUCCUCCUCCUCCUGCUGUUCCUCUUCUUUGAGCUAAACGAAACAAGGACAGAAGACACGAUGCAGUAACUCAACGAUUGAACUGCCAGGUGGUGGUGGUGGUGUAGCAGCGACGGUGGAGGUGGAGGAGGAGGUGGAGGAGGCGAGGACACCCUUCACGGAGGAGGAGGAGGGGGAAGAAGAAGGAGAAGGGAUAUAAAUACAAGAGGACCUUACUGACGACUUGAGGAACACCACACACACACAGAAUGGCUAGCAAUAUUUUGUGGCCCUGUGGUGGUGGUGCUGGUGGUGGUGGUGGUGGUGCAGCAGCAGCAGCAGCAGCAAGACCUCCUGACACCUCUCCUGGAGGCACUGGCACUCGAACCCAAGUACCAGCCCUCUCUGGCACUCCCGCUAGUGGCUAAGCAGGAUGGCGGUGAGAUCAGCAUGAGGAUGAGGAACGGGUCUGCCCACGUGCUGCGCUGCCUCAAGGUGUGGUACGACCUGCCCCCGGACACAUUCUUCAACGCCGUCAACAUCAUGGACAGAUUCCUCACUCGUAUGAAGGCCCAGCCCAAGCACCUGUCCUGCAUCGCGGUGAGUGCCUUCCACCUGUCGUGCCAGUUCACCCCGGGAUAUGCACACCUGCGGGAGGUGGCCCAGGUGGUGCCCGACACCCGCGACCUCACCACCAUCUCCCAGUGCAAGUGUUCCUCGGGGGACGUCACCCGGAUGGAGCGCAUCAUACUAGACAAACUGGACACUGAUCUCCGCUGCCAGGCCCCCGUCACCCCCCUCACCCUCCUAAGGCUUCUGUACGCUGCCCAUGGUCACCUCUCUGCACCCCUCCUGCCGCCCCACCCCACGGCACACCCCCAGGGCACCCUCACCACUCUCAUUCAUAAGCUGGAGAUCGUGGGGUGUGAUGCAGCGGCUGCCACCUUCCGCCCUGCCGAGCUGGCACUGGCUCUCCUUGCGCUGGAGUUCGGGCAGGAUGCGGCACACCACAAUGUUCACCAAGCCUGUAUUGCCCACCUGCAGGCCAUCUGUAAGGUUGGGUAUGAGAGCUUUGAGCAGUGUCGCAAGGUGGUUGGUGAGCUGAUGGACCAGUAUGAGAACCAGCGUCACUCACCACACCGCCAGCGUUUGGUGUGGAAGCUCUCCAAUCGCACUCUCCGCCAACUGAGACCCACCGACAAGUUCACCACACGCCUCCCCACCAUUGCCGAGCGCCAGGGCCCCGCCAGACCCCCCAUCAUACGCAGAAGGAUGGACAGUGAAUGCUCCGAGAUGUACAUGUCCUCCUCCUCUUCUUCUGAGGAGGAGAUGGAGUACGACUACGAUGAGGAGUUCCCGCCCCUCCCCACCCCGGCGGCCUCCCUCAAGUCCCCUCGCCGCUCCCCAAGCCAGCAGUCUCCUCACAGCAAGAAGUCCCCAGCGUUCCUCCCAUACCCUCAGCUCAACCGCAAACACAACCGGCUGGCUUAGUGUCCCCCCCUCUGGCUUGUCUCCUGUCUCUGGUUUGUCUCCCCUCUCUGGUUUAGUUUCCCUCCGGUUUAGUCUCUCUCCUCUGGUUUAGUCUCCCCCUCUGGUUUAAGGUCAUAUUCUUAAACCCUUCUGUGCUUCACCUCCACUAUUUCAAAAGGCUUAAUUUCAGUUGACAUGAGUUUUUAAGGUGACAAGAUUUCUGUGUUGUUAACUGGAGAAACACUCUUAAAAACCUUACCGAUCAUCUCUGCGGCACUUGAAAAUAGUCGCUGUGAGAGAGUGAACCAUUUUUUUAAGAGUGUUUUUAUAGUUUUAGAAGCAGAUUGACAAGAUUUCUGCUUUGUAAACUGGAGACACACUCUUAAAAACUUUGCCAAUCAUCUCUGUGGCCUUUGAAAAUAGUCACUGUGAGAGCAAAGUGUUUUUGAAUAUGGGUCUUAGUCUUCCCUCCUUAUCUUUAAUUUGUUUGGUCUGGUCUCCAUUUUCUGUGCUCUGAUCUUCUCUUACUUUUAGAAGAGGAAGAGUAGGAGGAGGAGGAGGGUGGUGGUGUGGUGUGGUGUGGUGUGGUGUUCUCUUGUGUCUCCUCACGUUAUUGGAGGAGGAAAGAAGAGGAAGAGGAGGAGGAGUUGAUGUUUUUCUUGUCUCUUCAUUCUCUAUUACCUCCUCUUACUUUUGAAGAGGAAGAGGUGGAGUUAAUAAUGUUCCUCUUUUCCUUUACUUACUAAAGAGGAAGAGAAGGAGGAGCUGGAAUCAGUGUUGGUCCUCUUUGCCAUCACUCUACCUCUUACUGAAGAGGAAGAGGAGGAGGAAUUAAUAUAAUUCCUCUUGUCUUCUCUUUGUACCUCCUCACUGAACAAGAGGAAGAAGAAGAGGAAGAGGAGGAGAAAUUAAUGUUGGUCUUGUCUUCACUGAACCUCCUCUUAAUUAAACAAGAGGAAAAUGAAGAGGAGCUGUAAUGAAUGUGGGACAGUUGAUCAAUUAACGAAGGCAUAAAGUUAUUUAUUUACGUUCUCUAUCCCAAGGCGGCGAUUGUCUAUCUGUCUGUCAAUCCAUGUGUCUGUCUGUCUGCCUGCCUGCUUGCCUGCCUGUCUCGGGGGUGACCAGCGAUUUGUUUGUUUGUUUGUUCAGGUGACUUGGGUUAGUGUGGCAGGGAUGGUUUGACACGGCUUGAGUCACACCUGCCCUCUUUGUACCAGGUUUGUUUGUGAAGGAACUGGCAGGGUGGGCAGGGUGACACCACAGGAAGGGAAGGUGAGGAGAGGAAGGGAGGGUUGUGUCAUUAUUUCCUCCUCCUCCUCCUCUUCAUCUUCUCUUCUUUCUGGUUCUUACUCAUCCGUUGCCCUCCUUCCUUCCUUCCUUCCUUCCUUCCUUCCUUCCUUCCUUCCUUCCUUCCUUCCUUCCUUCCUUCCUUCCUUCCUUCCUUCCUGCCUGCCUGCCUGCCUGCCUGCCUGUGUCUUGGUGUUUCUUGCUUGUACUGUCAUUGGCCUUUCCUUCCCCUCCUCCCUCUGCCACCCCCAAUCACCAACACUGCACCGGUGACACUGCCCUACACACACACACACACACACACACACACACACACACACACACACACACACACACACACACACUCCCUUGUUCCAUCGUGCACAAAAGUGAUAAGGAUAUAAUAUACGAAGACUAUUUAUUUGUAACUGCACACUGGUUUCCUCCCGCUCCCUUACUCACACACACACACACACACACACACACACACACACACACACACACACACACACACACACACACACACACACACACACACACA